UGUUUCUCUCACCUUAGCUUCUUCACUGUUCUCCGACCAGUCAAGCUCUGUAACAUUAAAAUUAAAAAGGAAGAAGAAGAAGGGGAAAAAAAAGAAAAUGGAAAGCAAAACCCUAACAAAGGUCUUCAGACCAGCUUUCGAUCUGAGAAUCGUGUGGAUUGGAGCACUUUGAUGUAUUUCCAUUACUGAUCUUGCCGUUCUGAAUAUCUGUUUUUUUUUCCCCUGCACGAUCAAACUCGCCGAUGAGUGCCCUGCUUUCUAUUAAUGGAGGUUCUAAGGGUGAGAGAAGGUUCUAGAGACUUCAGUCUUUUUUGGAGGAAAUUAAUACAGUUGGAGCUGGAUUUUCAGAUUUCAUCCUGGAUCUGCUUUGUCUUUCAACGGUUUUUGAAGUCUAGGAUGGGUUGAAAGUUUGUCUUUGCAGAUAGUGGUUUCUUGAAGAAAACGGAAUGUACAAGUUCUUUUCUGGAUUGAAGGAGGAUUUCUCAACGAUUCUAUUAUGUUCGUUCCUCAUAAUUGGUCUUUUUGAAUCUGAUUGAUGGGGAGUGUUCCUGUGAACAAUGUUGGUGCUGGAAACAGAGGGUUGGUGGAACUAAAUCACCAUAUCCGAGAUGAGCACAAGGAAGUUAGAGAUGGAGUAGUGGGUGAAGGGCAUGGUCUAUCGGAGGACGAUGAGUCUCGGAUUGAUGGGGUUGCUGAAAAUGUAAAUGAUGAACGUGAAGGGGCAAACCAGGCCCAGGCUGCUCCACAGAGACUGCAGCAGCAGUCUCAAGGGCCGGUGGUUCGUUGGGAGAGAUUUCUUCCUCUUAGGUCACUGAAGGUUCUGCUUGUGGAAAAUGAUGAUUCAACACGCCAUGUAGUCACUGCUCUGCUUAGGAAUUGCAGUUAUGAAGUAAUAACAGCUGCAAAUGGUCUACAAGCUUGGAAAAUCUUAGAAGAUCUGACAAAUCACAUUGAUCUUGUCUUAACUGAGGUAGUAAUGCCUUGUUUAUCUGGCAUUGGUCUUCUCUGCAAGAUUAUGAGUCACAAGACUUGCAAGAAUAUUCCUGUGAUUAUGAUGUCAUCUCAUGAUUCUAUGGGCUUAGUCUUUAAGUGUUUAUCAAAGGGUGCAGUUGACUUUUUAGUGAAGCCUAUUCGAAAGAAUGAGCUUAAAAAUCUCUGGCAACAUGUUUGGAGGAGAUGUCACAGUUCUAGUGGUAGUGGCAGUGAGAGUGGUAUACAGACUCAAAAAUCUUUCAAGUCAAGGAGUGCUGAAGAAUCUGAUAACAACACUGGCAGCAACGAUGAAGAUGAUAAUGAGAGUAUUGGCUUGAAAAUUAGGGAUGGAAGUGACAACGGGAGUGCCACGCAAAGCUCCUGGACAAAGCAGGCAGUAGAAGUUGACAGUCCACCACCAAUGUCACCAUGGGAUCAAGUAGCUGAUCCUCCAGAUAGCACUUGUGCCCAGGUUAUCCAUCCAAAGCCUGAAGAAUAUGGAAAUGAGUGGCUGCCUGUAACUGCAACAAUUGAAUCCCAAAAAGAAGAUGAACAACUUGAUAGUAUUGCAAUGGGCAAGGACUUAGAGAUUGGAGUACCUACAAAUCCUGAUUUACAACUUAAAUAUCCAAACGAGAAAGUUUCCACCAACCUAACGUGCACAAAGCUGGACAAAUCAUCUGAACCAAACCACAAGAAUGACAGCAAACAAUUAGAUAAAGGAAAGCCGGAAUUCAACACUGAGAAGCCAAUUAACGAACUGAAGUUCCAAGCUCCUGAUCUAGGUACGAUAGCUAGUUGUAAUGAUAGUCAGGUGGAAAUAGGAGAAUCUGAGGCUCCAAAUGACCUCUCCAAAAUAACACAAAUCAAAGAUAAGAGGAUCUCUGAUGCUAAAGGAUUACCAUCACUAGAGUUGAGUCUAAAGAGGCUAAGAGGAGUUGGAGAUGUUGGGACAACUGCCCAUGAUGAUCGCAAUGUUUUGAAACAUUCAGAUCUUUCAGCAUUCUCAAGGUAUAACACUGCUUCUACUGCUAAUCAGGCUCCCACUGGGAAUAUAGGAAGUUGUUCUGUUCCACCUGACAAUAGUUCAGAUGCAGUGAAAACAGGUUCAGUGUACAAUAUUCAAUCUCAGUCAAAUAGCCCUCCCAAUCAGCAGUCCAAUGGAAGUAGAAGCAACAAUGAUAUGGGCUCAACCACAAAAAGCAUCUUCACCAAGCCAAAAGCUGUUGUUGAAAAAUUAGCAUCCACAUCAACAGCCAAAUGUCUGCACCCCUCUGUCCUUCAUCCCAUGCAGAAUGCAUGCAUAUGUCCAUCUCAGCAAGACAUAUCCAACAAGGCCGAUAAUGCAACUUGGGAUGUUGAGCUACCUCAAUCGAAAGGCUCAGUCCAGCAGGUUCAAGUCCAGCACCACCAUCACCACUACCACCACCAUCACCACCAUGUCCACAAUGUCAAGCAAAAGCAGCCAGUACCAGAGCAUGAUGAUCUGUCAUUAAAUAAUAUGGCAGCAGAUGCUCCACUGUGUGGGUCGUCCAAUGUGUUUGGUGGUCCAACUGAAGGCAAUGUUGGGAACUACAGCCUGAAUGGAAAUGCUUCAGGAAGCAACCAUGGUAGCAAUGGGCAGAAUGGGAGCAGCACUGCUGUAAACACUUGUGUGAUGAAUGUGGAAAAUGAUAAUAGGGUAUCUGGAAAGAAAGGAGCUGGUGAUAGUGUUGGUAGCGGGACUGGGAGUGGAGUGGAUCAGAACCGCUUUGCACAAAGAGUUGCUGCCUUGACCAAAUUCCGCCAGAAGAGGAAAGAAAGAUGCUUUGAAAAGAAGGUACGAUAUCAAAGCAGGAAAAGAUUGGCUGAACAGAGACCGCGAGUUCGAGGGCAAUUUGUACGGCAGGCAGCGUUUGGAAACACAAAUCAGGAUACGAACUGCUAACCAUCCCCCUGAACCUUGUGGUGUAUGUGGAAUUAUUUACAUGAGAUUAGCACUAGCAGUGUAUGUAGGGAGGAUUUCUGCUGGGGGAUGCGUGGGUGUGAGAACAAUUUGUAGCUAAAUUAUAGUGAGUGCAAAAAGCAAGACCUUGAUGUGAAAACUGAAGGUGAAAGACACAUUGGACUGUAUUGUAUGGUUUGUGAAAUUUGAUAAACCAGCACAGCAUGGACUUCCAUCAUCCUUGAAAAAGGAAAACUUAUCAUGUAGAAUAAUUGAAGUUUGUCGUUUCUAUUUCAUUCAAACCUUAGUGGUUCUGACUCAUA